AUGAGUGACAUGGAUUGCAGAAAAUUUGAGAUUACUCUUGUUUCAGCAAAUGAUCUGAUGGACGUUCGAAAGUUUGGCAGAAUGAAAGUAUACGCAGAGGUUUCAAUUGGAGGUGAACCAAAUACGGUUAAGAGAACUCCAGCCGACAUGAAAGGUAAGACAAAUCCCAACUGGAAAUUCAAAAUUGAGUAUACAUUAGGUGAAAAAGCAGUGAAGCAAGGGGAUGUAGAUCUUACUAUCAAAUUAUACUGUAAAAGAAGCUUGUUGAGUGAUAAGUAUGUUGGAGAAGUUAACAUGUCACUCAAGAAACUGUUCAAAAAGAGGAAAAGUUCUGAAAGAACUAGUAGAAUCAAGGUGAAAAGAAAUGAUGCUGUGGAUCCAAGAGGAACCCUAGUUAUUUCUUAUAAUUUUGGGAAAAGGAUUGGUGUUCCUAGACCUUCUAAAUGGGAGAGAGCUUUGGUAGCUGGGGCAAAGAUACUUGUUGAAGGAACCAUUUCUUAUUUCUUGGAGCAGAUAUAG